AUGGACGGAAUAGAAGACACUAGCUACGGGGCUAUUGAACCUCCACGGCCUCCUCCAGAGCCCAUAGAACGACCUCCGACUCCUCCGCCUCCUCCCCCUACCGACCAUAGCUUGCCUCCUCCGCCGCCGCCAGAUGUUCCGGCUCCUCCACCCCCAGAUUCUCUCGCUCCUCCCCCGCCUCCCCCCCCGGAGCCGAAGAAAAAGAAAGGAUGGGGAGCGCCGAAAGCGUCGACUCCUCUAAGUGUAGAGGAAUUGCUUCGGAAGAAAAAAGAAGCAGAUGAGGCAGCGUCAAAACCAAAAUUCCUUAGUAAAGCGCAGAGAGAGAAGAUUGCGCUGGAAAAACGAGUAAAGGAAGUCGACAGUGGUCGCCGCGCGAAGUCAACGGCCAACGGCAGUUCUGGAUCAGAUUCAAGGACUCUAGAUACAGAUUCAAAUGGAUAUUCUUCGGCUUUAGCUUCUCGAUCUGGUGAAAGCAGUAGAGGUGAUGAUUCGAGGCAUAUUCCCACUGGUCCCCGCGCAUUGAGACACGAUGCACCUAGUGGACCAGCUUCCAUGAGGCCAAACCAGCAGAAAGGGAAUGAUAGAAAUGCGCAAAGCUCUUCUGCAUCAACUUCCGGAAAUAAAGGAGAGAAACGGGCUUUGCCAGAGGACGCCCAGGCACAGCUUAUCCGACAGAGAUAUAUGGGCGCAGACCAAAGAUCUAGCUUCUCAGCGAAGAAGAAACGGCGGCGAACUACCGAAAGGAAAUUCAACUUUGAAUGGAAUGCGGAAGAGGAUACUAGCCCGGACUACAACCCGUUAUACCAGAACCGCUCCGAGGCGAACUUCUUUGGCCGUGGUCGAUUGGCUGGUUUUGCAGAUGAAGUGGUAGACAACUCGGUGAAAAGGUACGCAAGAGCUUUGGAAGAUAGAGACCUUGAAGCUGGAAGUGCCCGAGCAAGAGAAAUACUAGAGAUGGAAAGACGAAGAAAGGAAGAAAGCGGAAGAAAUGCUAUUGAUGCUCACUGGAGUGAAAAGAAGCUGGAACACAUGCGAGAACGAGAUUGGCGAAUAUUCAAAGAGGAUUUCAACAUUAGCACGAAAGGUGGUGGUUUGCCGAACCCAAUGCGUUCGUGGUCUGAAUCCGGCCUUCCCAAGCGACUUCUUGAGAUUAUUGACUCCGUUGGGUACAAAGACCCGUCGCCUAUCCAGAGAGUCUCCAUACCGAUUGCGCUGCAGAACAGAGAUCUCAUCGGUGUUGCUGUCACCGGUUCCGGUAAAACAGCAGCAUUCCUACUGCCGUUACUCGUCUACAUCUCCUCCCUCCCACGACUAGACGAAUUUGAAUGGCGACGAAACGACGGCCCCUACGCCAUCAUUUUAGCACCAACUCGUGAACUUGCCCAACAGAUCGAGAUAGAGGCUAUGAAGUUUGCGGCACCGCUUAAUUUCAACGUUGUCAGUAUCGUAGGUGGUCACUCUCUCGAAGAACAAGCGUACAAUCUACGCAACGGAGCCGAGAUCAUCAUUGCUACUCCAGGUCGAUUAGUCGACUGUAUUGAGAGACGAAUCCUUGUGCUCAGCCAAUGCUGCUAUGUCAUUAUGGAUGAAGCAGAUAGGAUGAUUGAUCUUGGCUUUGAGGAGCCAGUGAAUAAGAUUCUUGACGCACUUCCAGUAUCGAAUGAAAAACCCGAUACCGAAGAGGCGGAGAAUGCCCAGGCAAUGAGCCAACAUAUUGGUGGCAAGGACCGAUAUAGACAGACAAUGAUGUACACUGCCACCAUGCCUUCAGCUGUUGAAAGGAUAGCACGGAAAUAUCUCCGUCGGCCCGCAAUAGUUACGAUAGGUAACAUUGGCGAAGCAGUCGAUACCGUCGAGCAACGCGUUGAAUUCGUCGCAGGAGAAGACAAGCGUAAGAAACGUCUUGCUGAAAUCCUCACAUCACGCGACUACCGCCCUCCGAUCAUCGUCUUUGUCAAUAUCAAGCGAAACUGUGACGCUGUUGCACGAGAUAUCAAACAUAUGGGCUUCUCAGCCGUCACGUUGCAUGGUUCUAAGACGCAGGAGCAGAGAGAGGCGGCUCUCGCGUCUGUACGCAAUGGAUCAACGGAUGUUUUGGUUGCUACUGAUCUUGCUGGUCGUGGUAUUGACGUUCCAGACGUCAGCUUGGUGGUUAACUUCAAUAUGGCUACCAAUAUUGAAAGUUAUACUCAUCGUAUUGGACGAACCGGUCGUGCAGGGAAGAGUGGUGUUGCUAUCACUUUCCUUGGUAGUGAAGAUAACGAUGUCUUAUACGAUCUUAAACAAAUGCUCAUGAAAUCCUCCAUAUCAAGAGUACCGGAGGAACUACGCAAACAUGAAGCUGCUCAAUCCAAGCCGAUAAGAGGAAUGGGCGCAGCAGGCCAGAAGAAAAUUGAAGAGAGUUCUGGGUUUGCAGGUAAGGGCGGCGGCAGCGGAUGGUAA